CACGGAACCCAACCGAACCGAGCCGACACGAGCCGAGCUGCUCCGCUCCCGCCAUGAUCGCUUCGCACCUCCUCGCUUACUUCUUCACCGAGCUCAACCAUGACCAGACACAGAAGGUUGACAAGUACCUGUACCACAUGCGGCUCUCUGAUGAGACCCUGCUGGAGGUGUCCCAACGGUUUGAGAAGGAGAUGGAGAAGGGGCUGGGAGCAGAUACCAACCCCACCGCCUCUGUGAAGAUGUUGCCCACCUUCGUCAGGUCCACCCCAGAUGGGACAGAGGACGGGGACUUCCUGGCGCUGGACCUUGGUGGCACCAACUUCCGCGUGCUGCGGGUGAAAGUGUCGGACAAUGGGCUGCGGAAGGUUGAGAUGGAGAACCAGAUCUAUGCCAUCCCCGAGGAGCUCAUGCGUGGCAGCGGGGUGCAGCUUUUCGACCACAUUGCUGAGUGUUUGGCCAACUUCCUGGACAAGCUGCAAAUCAAAGACAAGAAACUCCCCCUUGGAUUCACCUUCUCCUUCCCGUGUCACCAGACCAAGCUGGACGAGAGCAUCCUGGUGACGUGGACGAAGGGGUUCAAGUGCAGCAGCGUGGAGGGGAGGGACGUGGUGUCACUGCUGCGCAAGUCCAUCAAGAAAAGAGGGGACUUUGACAUUGACAUUGUGGCCGUGGUGAAUGACACCGUGGGAACCAUGAUGACCUGUGGCUACGAUGACCACAACUGUGAAGUUGGCCUCAUUGUUGGUACUGGUACCAACGCCUGCUACAUGGAGGAGAUGAGGCACAUUGACCUGGUGGAAGGGGAUGAAGGUCGGAUGUGUAUCAACAUGGAGUGGGGGGCCUUUGGUGACGAUGGGGUGCUCAAUGACAUCCGCACCGAGUUCGACCGUGAGAUCGACAUGGGCUCGCUCAACCCUGGCAAACAAUUGUUUGAGAAGAUGAUCAGCGGGAUGUACAUGGGGGAGCUCGUCAGGCUCAUCCUGGUGAAGAUGACCAAGGAAGGGCUGUUGUUUGGGGGAAGGCUUACGCCGGAUCUGCUCACCACUGGCCACUUUGAGACCAGAUUUGUCUCUGCCAUUGAGAAGGAGAAGGAAGGGCUGCAGAAAGCCCAUGAGAUCCUGAGCAAGCUGGGCCUGGAGCCGUCGCACGAGGACUGCCUGGCCACGCUGCGCAUCUGCCAGAUCGUGUCGACGCGUUCGGCCAGCCUGUGCGGGGCCACGCUGGCCGCGGUGCUGCGCCGCAUCAAGGACAACAAGGGCGUGGAGCGCUUGCGCUCUACCGUGGGCGUGGACGGCUCCGUCUACAAGAAACACCCGCACUUUGCCCGCCGCCUCCACAAGACCGUGCGGAAGCUGCUGCCGGACUGCGAGAUCCGGUUCAUCCGCUCGGAGGACGGGAGCGGCAAAGGGGCGGCCAUGGUGACAGCGGUGGCCUACAGGCUCGCUGCACAGCACAAGGCUCGGCAGAAGAUCCUGGAGCCCUUCAAGCUGAGCCACGAGCAGCUGCUGGAGGUGAAGGGAAGGAUGAGGAUAGAGAUGGAGAAAGGGCUGGGCAAGGAGACGCACGCAGAGGCAACGGUGAAAAUGCUGCCGACCUAUGUGUGCUCCACUCCCGAUGGAACAGAAAAGGGAGAUUUCCUUGCCCUGGACCUGGGAGGAACCAACUUCCGUGUGCUGCUGGUGCGCGUCAGGAACGGGAUGCGGCGCGGGGUGGAGAUGCACAACAAGAUCUACUCCAUCCCCGUGGAGAUCAUGCAGGGGACGGGAGAGGAGCUCUUUGACCACAUCGUCCACUGCAUCUCCGACUUCCUGGAGUACAUGGGAAUGAAGGGCGUAUCGCUCCCGCUUGGAUUCACCUUCUCCUUCCCCUGCCAGCAGAACAACCUGGAUGAGGGAAUUCUCCUGAAGUGGACAAAAGGUUUCAAGGCGACGGGCUGUGAGGGAGAGGACGUGGUGGGCCUGCUGAAGGAGGCCAUUCACAGGAGAGAGGAAUUUGACCUGGACGUGGUGGCAGUGGUAAAUGACACAGUUGGCACCAUGAUGACCUGUGGGUACGAGGAUCCCUACUGUGAAGUUGGGCUUAUUGUUGGCACAGGCAGCAAUGCCUGCUACAUGGAGGAAAUGAGGAAUGUGGAGCUGGUGGAAGGGGACGAGGGCAGGAUGUGUGUCAACAUGGAGUGGGGGGCCUUCGGGGACAGCGGGUGCCUGGAUGACAUUCGGACGGAGUUCGACGUGGCGGUGGAUGAGCUGUCCCUCAACCCUGGGAAGCAGAGGUAUGAGAAGAUGAUCAGUGGGAUGUACCUGGGGGAAAUCGUCCGCAACAUCCUGAUAGACUUCACCAAGAGAGGGCUCCUCUUCCGGGGACGGAUCUCGGAGAGGCUGAAGACUAGAGGGAUCUUUGAGACCAAGUUCCUGUCCCAGAUAGAGAGUGACUGCCUGGCCCUGCUCCAGGUGCGCUCCAUCCUGCAGCACCUGGGCCUGGAGUCCACAUGUGACGACAGCAUCAUCGUGAAGGAGGUGUGCACGGUGGUGGCGCGGCGCGCUGCACAGCUCUGCGGCGCCGGCAUGGCCGCCGUGGUGGACAAGAUCCGCGAGAACCGCGGCCUGGACUUCCUCAAAGUCACCGUUGGCGUGGACGGGACGCUCUACAAGCUGCACCCUCACUUCUCCAACAUCCUGCACGAGACAGUGAAGCAGCUGUCCCCCAAGUGUGAAGUGACCUUCCUGCAGUCAGAGGACGGCAGCGGCAAAGGUGCCGCGCUCAUCACGGCCGUGGCCUGCCGCAUCCGCGAGGCCGGGCAGCGGUAGAGGGAAGCAGGUUUGCCCAAGAGCUUGGUUUUAGCAAAACAGGACGUUUCCUCACCCAGUCCCUCCCUCUCUGCACACACUCACACACCCAUGCACCCCCUCCCCUCCAAGCAGACUCAUAACUUUACUUGUUUUCCGAGGCACCACGGUGGGACUGGAGAUGCCGUGGGCUCUGUACAAAGUGUUGUCGUAGGAGUUUCCUUGCAUGCCAUAAAACCACCUGUUGAGUAAAGCUCACACUGUCUUUUGGCUUCUCCCUGCAUUUCCAGGUGGAGCUGGAGCUCUCCCAUGUGCAGCCUCCAUCACACCCCAGCUCUCCUCCCACACUCCGAACCACUGUCCCUCCCCUAACAGCAAUAGGGAUAACACUUGGAUAAUUAAGACACUGCAUUGUCACUUUAACAGUACCUAUUUAUGUAUGUUGGAGUCGUAGCUGUCCGUGCUGUAGAAGCAAACCUCUAAGAUUGGGCUAAAGACCUCCACUAGUCUUUUACCCUGAUCAAGGCUGUAUUAUUUCCAUGAAAGUCAUGGUAACUCUUAAAGCACAGGGUGCAGAAUUCCACCGGCGUGUCCGCGGCUGCACUGGAGGUACCACGUAUCUCCCUUGGUGAGCAAUACUAGAGAACCUGCUGGAACCAGGCCAGGGGUGCCCCUCGGCCCAUUCUGGCAGAGCAUGUGCCUGGAAAUAAUUGGGGACUCAGGGUCUAAUCCCAUUUCCUGACCUCUCGCCUGCACCCUGAGUAGCCUGUAGGAACAUGGCGUGUAUGUAGGGUUGUGUUUCACCCCUGGACACCACUACCCCUUCCCUGGUGCAUGUGUGGGCACGAGGAGCUGCUGCCACGGGUUGGUGUCUCCCCUGCCAAGCCCCAAACUCGUGGCCGUGUGUCUACCCUUGGCGUGGAGAGUCUGGUUUGCUUUGUGUCUGUGAAAUAGUUCUGUGGCUGCAGCCUUUACGUGGUACCUGGAUUUAUACACUGUAUAUUUAUGUUUUAAGAGAUCUGAUGUCUUUUUAUGUACAUAGUCUCGGGGGGGUUGUAUCACUUAGUUUUAACAUCACCUUUUCAUGUUGUUGAAGAACAGUACAGAGUAAUUAUUUUUUUUUCUUCUGUUGUGUAAUUUUUUUUUAAUUUAAAAUUUUCUUGGGGUAGACUGGAGAAGGAGACCCAAAUACCUGAGGAAUGUUGUACAAGAGGUUUGGGCAUUCUGACCUUAUCACCAGGACAAAAGGGAAAGCAGAAAGCCAGGGAAGCAGUGUGCAGGAUCGGCAGGGACCUGUGGUGAUGCUGUCAGGUUCAGGCUGGGUUUAACAUUAGGAGAGGUUUUAUUUUGUCCCCUGCCCUCCCCAGCCACGCUCUGGAAGGUCACAUCCAUGGGUGGAUGACAUAACCCAGGGCCCUGCAGGGCUCUCGACCUCACGUCACCAUCGUGGUCAAGCGCUGGCAGCAGCCAAGCCGAGCUCAGGUCUCGGUGACAGCAGCUAGUGCCACUCCAUCCCCAUGUGGCAUUCUCAGAGCUGCCUGGCAGCGGUCCCAGGGACCCCCGUGCCCACAGCAGCACUUGUGUGCCAUGGCCAAACGCAGGAAUCCAUUUUUGCCAACAGGAAACUCUAGAUGAACUAAAAGCUGCAGGUCUCUGCCUCAGUGAGCAAAGACAGACGGGGGGAGGAGGGUUUCUGUAAAUAUUUAGCAGAAGUUAAUGAAAUUUCAGUGAUGUACAAAAGAAAAUAAUAACUAAUAAUCCCCACAAACAGCCCUUCAGAUUGGAGGAUAGAGUUUUUGUCUAUUUUUAUGUAUAUUUUUAUACUGCUUGGGGUAACCUCAUUACCAAAAGUCUCUCUUCUGUGUUGGGGGUCAAUUUCAGUAGCACAAUUUUAAAGCAAAAAUUACUCUUUUGGGCAUUUUAAAUGCUUAUUUUUUUAUAAGCCUCAAGACAAUUAUAACACAUAAAAUCUAUGUAUAGAAAUGAUGUAAGAAACCAAGUGUAGUGGAAGUUUUAGAAGCUGUCAAAUAAAUCUUUGAAGGAUGAUACAGAAAACCUCUAAUCUGGUACCAAGCAGUUUUGUGUGAUUUUUUUCCUCAGAAAAUCGGCAUUUUGCCUACUGAAAAAUCAAAACAGAAAUCUUUUUAGCUGCUGCACUGUGCAGAGUUGCAUUAGUGGCUGCUUUUACUCUUAGCCAGCUGUACCCCUUCUGAAAUCCAUAGUGUUUUCAUCAGUUAGUGAGUGAAAUUUUAUACAACAGUAGUUUUGGGGGCAGAAUGGGAAGAUUAGGGACCUGAGCAGCCCUGCUUUUGAUUCAGGCUGUAUUGGAGCAGGGGACUGACAGGGUGAGAGGGAAACUGGGGAGCUGAGGUCCCUGGCCUGGAGCAGGGUCACCACAGUCCCCUCACCUGUCUGGGUGAGGAAGGAUCACUCUGAGCUUGCAGGGUGGUGGUGAAUUUUUGGCUGGACUUGGUCACAGGGAUACUCACCUGGGUAUCCAAGGCUCCCAUAAUGCUGGAAAGCUUUAGCUUAGGCUCAGAAUCAAGCAGGGUCUGGAGUGCUCCCAGUUAAAAGCAGUACUUGAAGUGUUACAAGACACCUGUGUUACCUGUGGGUGCAGAUCCGCCCUCCCCGAGGCUGCAGGGAGGGUUUGGGGAACACCUGGAGCAGUUUGUGCUCCUUGGGGUCCCCAGGGGCAUAAGCACUGCAGGUGUUGGAUGUACAGUCUUACUCUGAGGGCUGGGACUAGAACCUCAUGCCAAAACAUUGCCAUGGGAUGUUCUGUGAAUGUGUUUAAAAUGAAGAAGGGAAGAUUAAAUCCUAAUUAUUGAUAUGAAGGGAAGAUCAAAUGAUUAUCUGUAGGGACAGAGAGAGACAGAGACUGCUCAGCCUGAUUUGCCCAGUCUGCAUCUUCCCUGCAGCAAGCGCUGCUCUGUGGAUUUAGGAUGAUUUUGUUUUGCUUGGUUGUUCCCAUCUGGAUGCAUUUUCUUUGCGCUCUCGGGGUGCUGGAAUGUUCUCUGGCCACGCAGGCAGCAGGGAACAAGAAUCUCUGCCCUUCCCUCCCUGGCAAAUCUCUCCUCACUGGUACUUUGGACAGGAUUUAAUUGGGUUUUGAAUAUAUAUGUAGAUACAUAUAAACACAAUCAGCAAAUUACUGAGCCUUUCAAGGAGAAUUUGCCUCUUCCCUUCCUGGAGUCCAAGGCUGGGAGGGUGAAGCUCCUGCUGAGUGGCCUAAGGGCUAUCAGUGGGGCACAGAUCUCUGGUCUGGCAGCAGCUCGGGUGCAGUUUGACCCGAGAUAACUCGAGAUAACUCGGUGCCUGCUCUCCCUUAUCAGGCAAUCCAAACCCAUCUGGCUGUCAGAGAGAUAAGGGGGUGAAAGGUCCAAGUGCAUGGGAGGGGAGAGGUGUAAAAUGGUGGUAAAACGCACCCUGCAGGGGUUGUGGGGUCCAAGGUAACAACAAAAUAACCUGGAAUGUGGGAAGCUCUUGCCCCAGUCCACACCCCACCCCUCCAGAUAAGGAAAAUGCCUGCUUUGGGCAGAUCAUUCACUUCUCUGGUGGAAAAAUGGGCACUGAAGGCAAAAAGAGGCAAUUCCUGUUCUAAAGGUAAUUUGGAGAGAGGAAAAUUCUUCCUCUUGUGACACCCCUGACCAGUCUGAAAUCUUCCUGGCCUGAAGCAAAGACAAUGCAUCCUGAUGUGGGCGCUGGCUCCGUGCAGGCAGGGGAGUCAUAAAGCCAAAGACUGUGCAGCUGCUGGCAGAAACGAGUGCUGUAGAUUCACCUGAUGUUGUUCUUUCGUGUUUACAAUAUUUAUUUUUAGCAAUUGACUGCAAUGAUAUUAUAUAUAGGCUUCCUUAUUUUUGUACUUUUCAUACCGUUUUCCUGAGUGUGGUGUUGUACUGCUCAGUUCCCCUCGGCCACCGCUGCUGCUCCUAGUCAGUGACAAUAAACGAGA